CCGACUGCACCUAAAGAAGUCGGUCAACGUUGGGUUUGAAAUAUGGCUGUGACGGUUGGGUAGUUGUGUAUGUCCGUGUUCAUGCAAAAUCACGUUCAGCAAGUAUAUACUUCCCAUUCUGCGUGAUUGCGGACGCCACCAAGAAGGCAGGCUGGAUCGGAUUGUGGUGUAGAACAAACGAGUGGCCAUGAUAGUUCAAGAGCCGGUUCAGGCAGCCAUAUGGCAUUGUCUGAAUCACUAUGCCUUCUCGGAUGCCAUCUUUCUCGCAGAGCGGCUUUAUGCAGAAGUGCACACGGAUGAGAGCCUGCAUCUUCUAGCCACUUGCCACUACCGCGCGGGGAACAAGGUCUCGGCAUACAAGCUGUUGCGCUCACGCGGGUGCCGCUCGCCCCAGAGCCGCUUCCUCUUGGCGCGCUGCUGCAUCGAUCUGCGCAAGUUUGCCGAGGCAGAGUCGGCACUCGAUGGCGAUGUCGGCCUGUCGUCGCGCUGCUCAGCGAAAGGAGGUCUGGAUGAGACGGUCACAGCAUUUGGAGAUUCUGCCUCCUUUGCCCUGGGCCUGCUGGGACAACUUUGUUCAAAAACGGAGCGUGUUGGUCGUGCUACAGAAGCCUACAAGAAAAGCCUGAAGCUCAACCCAUUCCUCUGGUCCUCAUAUGAGUCACUCAUUAACCUAGGAGAAUCGCCAAACCCAACGGAAAUAUUUAACGUCUCAUCUCUUGAAAACUUUAGUUUAUGCCAAGGGAGCAAUCCUCUUGUCAACUUUGUAAAUAAGACCAACAUCGACAGCGUCGCAGAUGACAUAAAGGUGGUUGGUGGUCAGGGGACAGGUCUGGUCGCACAAGCUGCGGGCAAAGUGUCCGUGCUGCCACUGUCGACGGGUUCGACACCACCGUCGCAGGCACCACUGCUGGUCAUGCGUUCGACAAUGACGCCAGGCACGCCCCAGCAGUCAUCUCUAGACGUCACCCCUCUAACCAUCAUGACAAGCACUCCAGAGUUGCCAGCUCAGGAGAGCAUCCCUGGUAUCUGCCUGAGUGGUAAAGGCGGCAAGCAAGCACAACCGUUUUCAGCCAUCAAGGCUGUACGCAGCGUUUUCGCAGGAGGAGCCCUGAGUCCACUCUCAGCAUCGUUUGGUGUGCUACCUUUGGCAAACUCCACGCCCGGCUCUGCGCCUCCAACAGCCAUUAGUGGCAUGCUUGCCUAUGUCACACCCACUUCACAGGGCAUUUUAGACACCAUCUCCAAGGAAACCUGCCCUCCAGUCAAAAAGAACCUUGCGAGGAAGCCUCAGGGACUGAACACCCCAAAGGUUCAAAUAUUCAGCCAGUCAAGUAACAACAACUUGCUGCAGACGCCACCGGUUCCAACCAGCUUUCCACCCAGUGGCUUGAGCAGCGUGCGGCGCAGCUCGCGCCUCUUCAGCAGCUCUAACUCGGUCAAGGAGAACAACAAGGGCAGCUCGUCGCCCAAGACCAUUCGGGGCCUGGCCGCCCGGCUGCCCUCGUCCAAGAAGAGCAAACCCUCCCGUGGGGCCCUGCGCACCAACACGGCCACCUCUGGCUCCAACAACACCAGUGCCAUCUCCGAGGGAGAGCUCAACGAGAUGAACAAGCCCGAGCCACCGCCUGUGUCCCUGGCCCAGACUGCACUCUGCAUGCAAAGGGCCUCUGCAGAGGGCCUGAUGCAGCUGCUACAAGACCUGGGGAAGGCACGCCUCUACCUCGGCCAGUACAAGUGUCGGCAAGCCAUCGAGACUCUGGAGGCCCUUCCGUCCCACCAGUACUCGACAGGAUGGGUGCUUGCUGCUUUGGGCAGGGCACACUUUGAGCUGGGGGAGUAUGACAAGGCUGCCCGUGCCUUCGAGACUCUCAGGUCCAUCGAGCCACACCGGCUACAGGGCCUCGAGUAUUACAGCACAGCACUGUGGCACCUGCAGAGGGAAGUGGGCCUCUCUGCACUCGCUCAAGACAUGAUGGAGUUGGACAAGACAGCACCAGAGACGUGCUGUGCGGCUGGCAACUGCUUCAGUCUGCAGAGGGAGCAUGAGACAGCAGUGCGCUUCCUGCAGAGGGCUGUACAGGCCGACCCGGACUUUGUCUAUGCAUACACGCUGCUCGGCCACGAGUUGACAGCCAUGGAAGAAAUGGAACAGGCUCUGUCUGCCUUCCGCAGUGCCAUGUUGGUCAACCCUCGCCACUACAAUGCCUGGUAUGGGGCAGGUAUGAUCUAUUACAAGCAGGAACAGUUUCAACUGGCAGAACUGCACUUCAAACGAGCGCUUCAAAUCAACCCACAGAGCUCCGUGCUUCUUUGUCACAUUGCAGUGGUACAGCACUCCCUGAAGAGGACAGACGAGUCUAUUCUAACUCUAAACAGGGCCAUUUCGAUGGAACCCAAAAACCCGCUGUGCAAGUUUCAACGAGCUACCAUCUUUUUCUCGGUGGAUCGCUACCAGGAGGCACUCAAAGAGCUGGAUGAACUGAAGCAGCUUGUGCCCAAGGAGUCACUAGUGUACUUCCUUAGUGGAAAGGUUCACAAAAAGUUGGGCAACACUCACCUAGCCCUAAUGAACUUCUCGUGGGCCAUGGAUUUGGACCCUAAGGGGGCCAACAACCAGAUCAAGGAGUCUAUUGACAAGCGCUUCAGCCACGAUGAAGAAGACAUUGCUGCUGUCCAACAACUGUCGGUUGACGACUCUGGGAGCAUCGAGUCCAAUCCCAUAGACCCGGAAUCAUCGCAUGGGAGCUCUGUAGCAGACCUGAACGACAUGCACCUCCAGUCAAUGGAAAGUGACGAAGGAUUCUAGUGCCAUACAUGCCGGCAGUUAGGCGUGAGAAACUGCGCUGUGCGUUGCUUUUUGGCAAUGUCUGCAAGAGACUUCGGUGUGUGAAUAUUUUGAGCAAAUGAGACGAGACCGGGCAGUUUUACCAAGAAACUGUAAUCGUUGCACUAUAAUGCACAUGAUUUUGUGAAGGGCCUCGUCCUGUGAAUUCAGUUGAUCUUGGUUCUCUAGGAGUCUUUCUCUCACAUGGGAAUGACUUUGUUUUAAUUAAGUUGUUUCGGUUGGUUGCAUCUUUUUUCGGUGUGCAUGUACCUGUGUGUGUGCGUGUUUGCGUGCAAUGUUGCCCCAUUUCCUCUGUGUGCGUUUCGAAAGAGCCAGGUGUAAUAUUGCUCACACCCUCGCACAGUUCAGCAUUUGUCGUGCAGGCAAUGCCAUAAUGUAUGCUUAGCACGGUACAGUUUCGUGGUUUUUUUUACCCGAUGCAUUUGAUUUUUUUUUCUCCUGAAAAGGCAAAACAACAAAGGGACAUGUUGAACUCGGAGGGGACUUAUGCUGUAUGGACGGAAUAGUGAGGUUUAAAAUGAGACACCUGCUUUUAGUCUGACACUUUCACAAAAGAUGCAAAGUUUUGUAUCUGGUUUGGGGACACUACUCUUAAAAAUUUUUUUAAAUUUCUUGAUCGAUUUUGAUGAAACUUGGCGACUUUAUGUAUAUCUGUGUGCUGAUUUCAAAUAUGCAAUUACUUUUCUAGUAUAUUGGGUAGUUUUUAAAAUACAAAUUUUUUAUGUGCCCAUUGGGGAGCAAAAUGUUUUCUAAAUUGAGAGAGUUACAAAGUAAAUCAGCAUAUCACAAUAAACCGGAAUCAGAACUGAGUGCAAUGCAACAAAAAUGGAUGUCCUAAACCCAUUUGAACAAAAGUUAUUUUAUAUUGAACGUUCACCACCGAGUCAAUUUCAAGCUGAGAUUUCACUCGUGAAUGUUCAACGUAUUGUAACUUUUGUUCCAAUGGGUUUAGAACAUCCAUUUUUGUUGCAUUGCACUCAGUUCUGAUUCCAGAUUAUUGUGAUCAGCUGAUUUACUUUGUAACUCUCUCAGUUUAGAAAAAAUUUUGCUCCCCAAUGAGUACAUCAAAUAUUUUAUAUUCUAAAAACUGCACUUUACACUAGACAAAUAAUUACAUAUUUGAAAUCAACACACAAAUGUACAUAAACUCAGGGAGUUUCAUCAAAAUCGAUCAAGAAAUAAACUUUUUUUCAAGUGCUCUGUCCCCCCUUAAGUUUGUCCUUUAGAGGUUUCAGCCUUAAAAAUCUACAACCUGACAUUGCCAUAAAAAAGUAACUCUUACAAUGCCGUAUGGCCCACGUAUCGAAUAGUUCCAUAUGAACAUGUGUUUUGUAUAUGAACUCUUGUAAAAGUCGGAUUACUGGAUAAAAGCGCUGCAGCGCAGGUAAGGUUUUAUUGUAGGGGUCGUGGCCACUCAGACUUUGUAUGAUAAAUUGCACGCCUCUGUAAAUUGCUUUGUGUCGCAAAAGUGAAAAGCCAAGAUAGGCCACAUGUCAUAGUCCUCAAGUGGACGCUUAAACACAUGCUGAACCCUGUACACUUUGCAUACACAGCACAGGUGUGUUCACAUUUUCCUGGAAACGCUUAACCACGAGUAAACACAAUAGAUGAAGGCUGUAAUAAUUGCCAACACUCCAGUGCCCCCCUCUGCUUUUGCGUGACAGGUCUAUCUGAGUACAUACAUCGGCAACAAAGCAGAGCUUUACUGCGGGAUGUGUUUUAUUGUUCUGCUGACUCGCACCGAUGUGGCUAUCAUUUCCUUUUAGACAUUUCUUGGCACAGUCUAACGUAAGACGUGCAAAUUCCGUACCAUGGUAGAUGCAAGUAUUGCAACAGCUGAAUUGACCAUAAACAUCUAGUAAAUUUCUGCAUGCACCUUUCUGAAGUGACAGUGUCUCCAGCAUUUUUCAAAGAUUUCUUGUGCUUUUUAUUUGUACUAAUUGGUUUGGCUUUUGAAAGUUGCUUAUUAUUGAGCACUGCAAGCAUUUCUUAUUUUUUAAAGCUGCCAUUAGACGCCAGUAGUCCUGAAAGAAGCUGCCAUGAAAUCUCCGAAAAGUUCCCCCAUGUGCUUUACGUAGACAUGCUUGUGGGGUAAUUCGAACCAAAGUUCAGUGCUGGAAGCAUGUGUGUUGUUGUUCCAUGCUACAACACUCUGGUUUGAACAAAAGCAGGCUCUAGUUCAGCACUAGCAGUGAGACUUGCAUCAUCCUAAUUAGUUAUUUUGUCAACAUGUUAUCGUUAAUGAAACGCUGCCAUCAGUAAGGAAAUUAGGAAUUACACAAAAGUGCUGGAAACAUUGUUUUACAUGAUAAAGAUUACAAAUAAAAGAUCCCAUGGGCAAUUCACUGGUUAAAAAAGUUCACUAGAAUGUAGCUUGUAGUAUUUGCAUUUGCCUACUUGGGCUCUGCCUUGUCGCACUGUCAUCUAGCUCAAUUUAGAAGUGAAGGGUCGGUGUUAGCCAGUCAUACACUCAAACCUCAUUAUAACAAAGUCGCAUCUGCCACGAAAAUAACUUCGUUAUAUCCGAAAAUUCGUUAUAGACGUUUAUUUGUAACACUGUAGCUAUUACAAGACUAUUCCUCAUUUACCUCGUUAUAACCGAUAAUUCGUUAUAUCCGUGUUCGUUAUAGCGAGGUUUGAGUGUAGUUCAACAAUGCUCCAUAUUGUCGUACUACUCAACCUGCUUAUGCUGCCGUUUUAUGGGAUGCCUCCUCAGCACACUGUAAAAAAGUAUUGCUGCAUAUUUGUAUCUACUAUUUCCGACGUCGAUCCGAGCAUUCUUGCAUAGCUUCUAUGUGCAGAGGGGUCCCACUGUUAAAGAGAACACAUGGGCAUGGAUCACAUGCAACCUUUUAUCCACGUGUGUUUUGGAAGGCCUGGGCUAUGUAAUUGCAAACCAUACUGCGUACACGUAUUGGCUGUGUAGGUGACCUCACCAGCCAAUCUCUCUGCGUAGACCAUCUUGCAGCCCUAUUUAAAUGUUGCCAUACAUUCUUUAAAAGGCAUGUUAUCUAUAGUCGGAUAGAACUUAAGAAGUCGGGAGAGGCCCCGCCCAGACAACCGAAGCGCGGCAGCUGAUUGCCUCCGCGACUAAAGAAAUAGUCCCGCUCAUGCACGCACCGAUGUUUUCCGAAAGCGGAGCCACCGGCCGUCCCGCUCAUGACGUCAGUCCCGAGUGCGCGCCCAUUGGUGCAGGCUUGUGUUCAUCCGCCUUUGAUGGCGAAAUGCCGCUGACUUCUAAAGUUGUAUCUGACUAUAAUGUCAUGUAAAAAGACAACUUCAUUGGAUGUAGGCUCAAGCAACCAACCGAUCUUUUUCGAGGGAGAUGUUUGAAGCCAGCCAGCUUUAAUGUGAGGUUACCUUCUUUACCAAUGCUUGUAUGUAGUGUGAUUUGUCGAUGUGCCACUUGGCGUCACUUCAGACAAUGUACGGAAGCGGGUACUCCCUCUAGCCUGUGCGCCUGCAUACAGUGUCAACAAUGCUCCUCCUUCAUGCUGCAACUGGAGCUUUGGCAGUUUGGGCCAGCAAGCGCAUGUUUGCAUUAGCAGUAAGCUGCUUUCCACAUUGUAACGUCUUUUUACUAGUACUCUGUUGCUAACCGGUGACAACUGCAAAAGAAAGGGCGGUUAUUUUAACACAUGCUUCGAAAGUGAUAUAAUUGGAACGUGAGCUAACGAAACUCCCGAGUUUGUGUGCAUUUAUAUUUGCAUUGCGAGGCUGACACCCAUUGGCCGUCACUUUACUGCCAGUAGAUGCAGUUAGUGUUGCAUUGUUUCUUCACAUUUUUCUAAAUUUUGAAACUUUUUAGUUUCAAAAUGGGAAGCUUUGAAAAUGUUCGUGUGAAGCUGCACAAGUGUUCUGUGGUUUUACGCUUUUCUCAUAAAUGGGCAGGAAGGUGUUUUGAAGGCAAGUUUUUUUUUUAGGAGACUGAAGUCAUUUUAGAGUGGCUAAAUAACUGUGACUGUAUAGCACAUGUUAGUGUGGUGAAAAUAGUGCCCCUUUUCCUUCGCCAUGAUGCAAUGAGCGAAUUGAAGUUUACAUAGGAUAUAUUGUAUAGCUAGUGUACAUAUAUUUUUGCAGGUCAUCACUUUUUUUUUCUUCUCAUUAAUUGUUGUUUCGAAAGACAUUCAGAGUGUGCAUUCUGUUGGCAACCUAAGUUCUUUUCUCACAUAAUUGUCGCUUGAAUUGUUGAUGUUUUUACGAUUCCUUGAGACAUGCCCUGUUUAUUUUUCUCUGCAUAUUGUUUUACUUUAUUUAGGAAAUGAAGUAAGUUUUUUUAUGUUUGCUAGGAUGCAUAUAUUUUUAUCUGUAUAUAAGCUUAAUAAAAACUGUAGUAAAAGCCAA